GAAAUUUAAGUUUUUGUUUCCAGUGCCGAUCUUCUAUUGUUUUGACAGUUCCUUUUUGGGUUCUCGUUUUCUUGUUCCCAUUCGCGCUAUCACAUCAACUCCUGUACGAGAUCGCACAUGUUCGCCAUGACGAGUAGAAAAAUCGCCAUCGUCGGGAGUGGAUUGAUAGGAAGAAGUUGGGCAAUGUUAUUUGCUGGUGCUGGCUAUCAUGUCAACCUGUUUGAUGUAACACAAGAACUAGUAGAGAAUGCCAUCAAAGACAUUGAACAACAACUUCAUGCUUUGGCUGCUUCUGGGCUGUUAAGGGGUAAUUUGAGUGCAGCUGAGCAAUUGUCAUUAAUAACUGGAACCAAAACACUAAAGGAAUGUGUGAAGGGAGCAUUGUAUGUACAAGAAUGUGUCCCUGAAAAUCUGGAACUUAAAAAAAAAGUUUAUGCAGAGCUAGAUGAACUUUCAGAUGACAAUACCAUCAUUGCUAGUUCAACAAGUUGCAUACUUCCAUCCCUGUUUUCUGAAAACUUAAAGCAUAGAAGCAAUGUUCUAGUAGCUCAUCCGGUAAAUCCCCCAUUUUACGUGCCGUUGGUUGAGCUUGUACCCGCACCGUGGACCGCACCAGAGGUUGUGGUAAAAGCGCGUAAGAUUAUGGAGGAACUUGGACAAAAACCCGUUUCUCUUUCCAGAGAAAUUCCUGGUUUCGCCUUGAACAGAAUUCAAUAUGCCAUCUUGAAUGAAUGCUGGUAUUUGGCCCAAGAAGGUAUUUUAGACGUCGCCGAUAUUGACGCAGUCAUGAGUCAUGGACUUGGACCGCGUUACGCUUUUAUGGGACCGUUGGAGACAGCACAUCUUAAUGCUGAAGGUAUGGAGAACUAUUGCGAGCGAUAUGGCGAAACAAUUUACAAUGUGAGCAAAACAUUGGGUCCUGUUACUCGUUUCGAAGGCGAUAAUUUGCACAAAGUCAAUCAACAAUUGCUUGAUCAAGUGCCAUUGGAAAAGCUGCAAGAAAAAAGAGCUUGGCGCAACAAUUGCUUAGCCUCAUUGGCCAAACUAAAGCAAAAUAUCGAUAAAGAACAACUUGAUUAAAUAUGGAAUGUUUUAGGUAGAUAGAGCUGUCGUAAUUGAAAACUUCACUAACACAAUUUCUUUAACCCUAAUAAUAUUAAAUAAUUCAUA